CCCAGACUCGGCACAUUCCAGUCUACAACCAAGGCAUGUCAGCACUCGGGAAAACGGGAGCGGGCCAGGAGGAGACGGGCGACGCACUGCCCGUAAAGCACGUGCCGAGGAUGACGGACGAUAAGAGGCACGGCGACAGCUUGUGCGAGCUGGACAUCCAGUCGUACGUCGGCGAGAGACACAGCGCGGUCGAUUGCGCCGUGCGCUUGUUGAGCGGCGCAUCAGGGGUCGGCGACCCGGCUGCCAGAUGCGCUAUGCUGAUCAGCACACCCGCCGCAGCAGCAAGUACGUCAAGUUGCGUCAUGUUCGGGCAAAGAGGCGGCAGAGAGGUGCGGGUCACUCGCGGGGCAGGAGGAGGAGGAGGAGGAGGAGGACAGGGAGGGAAGACACUGAUACGAAGAACGAAGCCCCGUCCCAGGACCUAUCGGAUUCAAGUACCCUCGGCUUCGGCGGUGCGAGGCACGACCUGCCAGGCCCGGUCGGCUGACCCAUGUGCGCGGCAGUGUGAGAGAGUGUCCGCGGGGAUCAGAAAACACAAGGACACUUGGGCGCUUGCGCACCGCGGCCGGACAGCUGGAAUGCGGCACUGGUAUUCGCAGGGGACGCCGCCGGUCGAGGCGGGUCUCCGACGCGGCCGCGCCAUGCAGCACAGACGACGACAUGGGUCCGCAGAGAGUCCCCCCGACUGUGCGUUUCAGAAGAGAGUCUAUUUCUGGUGUAAAAUAGACGCCCACAGACCAAGAAGACCGGUUUAGGCCCCCAAACAUCUCGCCCCUGCUGCCACUCGAAGACAUGCUUGGACGACGGUCCACAUGCAGAGAGACGUCAUGAUGUACGGACGAAUGCGAGCGUGCUACCGUACAUUGGCUGGGAUUCCUGCGAGUGAGUGUCCAAGGGUCCUGGUCCGGACCUCAUGAUGAUGAUGGUG